ACUUUUGAAGCAAAAGCUUAAGCAAAGCCUUUCCUUGCAACAGUCAGGAGAGAGAGAUUGCUCUUAGCCAAGGGCCAGGGAAAACCAAAGGAGGGCUAUUGAAAAAGGGCGAGAGCCCUUGCUGAGGGUCCAGGAUGGCUUUCCCCUGGCCGGGCUCAACAGCUCUGCUCCUGCUGUGGGUAUGUUGCACUGCAGUGGAUGCUCAAAAUGGUUGCGGGCCACCACCUAGAAGAGACCGUGAAGAACUUGCUGACUUAUCACCUAAAGAAUCAUAUUCACAUGAUGACAUUGUGUUGUAUAAUUGCCGGCCUGGGUACAUAAAACUUGGACGCUUCCGAAUGCAAUGCAAAAAUGGAAACUGGGAACAAGCGCCACCAUACAUUGAAUGUAAAAAAAAACCCUGUGGACAUCCUGGAGAUAUCCAAUUUGGCUCUUUUGAACUUGUUGAAGGAGAUGGGUUCUACUUUGGUGCUCGUGUUGUUUAUCGAUGUGAUGAAGGAUAUCAGAUGCUCAGCCGUACGGAUUUCCGUGUAUGCCGGGCUGAUGGAUGGAGCAAUGAUGUCCCUCACUGUGAAAUAACAAAGUGUUUCCCUGUGAAAGAACCAGAAAAUGGAAGGAUCGUUCAGACUGGAAUAAUGGAUCUGGAUCAAGAUUUUUUAUUUGGCCACCUGCUGCGAUUUGAAUGUGUUGAGCACUUCAAAAUUGAAGGUUCUGCUGAGAUAGUUUGUACAGCUCAAGGAACUUGGAGUGCACCCGUACCAAAAUGUGUAGAAGUAACCUGCCAACCACAACAUAUUGAUCAUGGACGUAUACUGGCACAAAGGGCAGUUUAUAAGGAUGGUGAACAAAUACAAUUUUCCUGUGACCGUGGAUACAGACAUGCUGAUAGGAAAGAAGCAACAUGCACUAGGAAUGGGUGGAAUGGACGACUCGAAUGUAUAGAAAUUGUAUGCCUGCCACCCCAUUUGCAAAAUGGUAACUUCCAACCUAGGGGGCUUCAGUUUAGAUAUGAAGAACAAAUUGAAAUAAAAUGUGAUGAUGGGUUUCAGAGUGCCGGUUCUUCCAGGUGCACAGAACAAGGCUGGCAACCUCCUGCAACAUGUAUACCUAAGAACUGUGGCUAUGUCCGUUUAUCAAAUGGAUAUUUUUAUUACAAUGAACCAUUACAUUCCUUCCCCAAAAGGCUGGGCUAUACAAUGGAUUAUCAUUGUAAUUCUGGUUUUCUGCCACCAAAUAAGGAAAACUGGCAAAAAAUUAAGUGCACCAAGACUGGCUGGGAUCCAGAACCAAAAUGUUUCAAAACAUGUGAACAUAGGUAUCCUUUUACAAAUGGUAAAUUCAUUUAUAGUUCUUGGACCAAACCCUUCAUCGAGGGUGACAAAAUCACCUAUUUUUGUAACAAAGGAUAUCGCUCUGCAACUGAGAAUACAACAGUCACAUGCACAAAAGCUGGCUGGUCACCGCCUCCAAGAUGUGCCACUUUGGAGGAAACCCAUCCAUCUUCAUGUGAAAAUAUUGCUCUGAGCAAUGGCUUUUUCAUAAGUCGAGAAGAUCGCUUUUCUCUCAAUGAGAAAGUGACCUAUCGGUGUCAGAGUGGCUUCACAACUGCAGAAGGACAUGGGGAAGGACAGAUACAGUGCCAGGCAGAAGGAUGGAAGCCAGAGCCAAAGUGCAUCAAGACAUGCCUAAAGCCAGCUGAAGAGAAUGCUGUAUUUGACCCAUCCAAAACAACUUUCUUCUCAAAUGAAAAACUUCACUAUGAAUGUAAAGAGGGUUUUCAAACUGUUCAAGAAACUUCAGGUGGCCACAUACAAUGCACGGAGAAUGGAUGGGACCCAAAGCCUGUCUGUUUACCCAUUGAAUGUGAAGGCCCUGUUAUGGAGAAUGGCGGAGUGGAGGAAAGAAAAGACAAGUUUGUGAAUGGAGAUGUGGUGCGAUUUUCCUGUUCAAAAGGGUACACGAGAGUUGGGCCUGACUCUGCCCAGUGUUACCACUUCGGAUGGUCUCCCCAGCCUCCCAAAUGUAAAAAAACGGUCAACCCUUGUGUACAGCCAAACUCUACAAGUCCACACAGUUCUGCUUAUGGUGAAUUGCGUGAAGAAUACCAACAUGGUGAGAAAGUGGCAUAUGAGUGUGAUGUUGGAUUUGCAAUGACUGGACCAAACACAAUAGAGUGUGUUGAUGGGGAAUGGACCUCUUUGCCCUCAUGCACAGAGGAAUCAAAAACCUGUGGACGACCUACCCGUAUUGCGUCUGGACAGCCUGUCAGUGUUGACGCACAGAGAUACAAGCAUAAUGAAACUGUUGAUUAUGAAUGUACAGGAAAAAUUGCCAUUCCUGGACCUGUUACAGCCAGGUGUCUUCAUGGAAAGUGGGAGUUACCUUUAUGCACUGGAAAAUGUAGACGGCCAAAAAACACAAAGUUUGUACCAGAUGUUCCUCUUAACAAGCAAUUUAACUAUAACGAGAUUGCAAACUACAGCUGUCAUUCUGGUUUUUAUACAACAAAAUGUGUUGGUGGAAAAUGGUCACCUGAACCAGAAUGCAAAGGUAUGUCUUUGUGUGUUAUAUCUAAGUUCCUGCUUUCAGUUAUUCAGUUUUUAUUACAAUUAUAGAUUAGUCAUGUAGAA